CAUUAGUGAAAAUGAAUUACAAGAAUAUAGUAAAACAAAUGAAACAAAUAAAUUAAGCCAAUUACUUGCAAAAUGCAGAAAUAUUAGUAGUAAAAAGCAAAAAGAUAUUUGGUCUUAUGUUAAUCAAGCUAUUAGUUUAGGUUAG